AGUGUAGGACGAGAUCGCGAGUCCCCUCCUGGAAGUUCGACGAGAGGGCCGAGGAAACAGCUGUUCUGCUGGAUGGUUGCUUUGACAGGGAGGUCGAAGAAUAAGCGAAUGUUUUAUCUACACUCCACGCUUUUAAAUGAUAUCGCGAAUAUUCCGUGGCGAAAAUGAGAAUGUCGCAGUCAAGAGAAAACGGCAGAUCGACACGUUGAAAAUUUUCAACGACAAUGUGGUGGAGUUACGGGAGGAUAUGGAGUACCAGGUACAAUUCAAUGCUGGGGAAAGGCGAAUGGCUAUUAUGGUCUCUUUGUCACCGGAGUUUCCACUGGAAAAGCCAGUGCUUCGUGUGUCUCCUCCAAUAAACCAUCCAUGGUGCAACGAACACAGUGAAAUCACAAGUGCACCAGGGCUGCUUAACUUUACAGUACACAGUGAUCUAGGUAGAGUUGUUCAAGCUAUCAUCAGAGAGUUCAGUAAGAAUCCUCCUCAAUUGUUGGAGGACAUAUCUCCAGGAUCCAUUAAAUCGCAUAGAGAUCUACAAGGAAGGAAUUCUCCAUCGUACACCCUGCAACGUUACCCAGACAUCCCAGCCACGUCGUUCAAUUCCUACUAUACCACGCAGUUCCCACAAUUCUCGUCCGCCAGCGCAAGUUCUUGUAUUUUCAAUUACAAUCACAGCAAUUCAAGCAGUCAGUAUUCCACAGACAGCCACACGAAGUUCGGCUCGUCGUCGCAACACUCAGCCGCGUACAAUGUCUCCGAUUCGCGAAGCAGGUCGCUUCACAACACAGAUCCAACGACCACAUACAAAUCGAAUCAACAAGGGUCGUACAUGAAUUCCCAUUACUCUAACACGAAUUAUCAUCAGCAGUCGUUGCCCAGUCAGAUGCCGACUAAAGCUCCGCAGAGCGACCUGUUUCCAGAGCUGAACAGUCUGAGCAACGAGGAAUUGAAGCGACUCAGCGAGGACGAGGAUAGGCUGGACGAAUUUUUAGAGAAACAUUCCGAACUGAAAAACGUUAACGCGGCCAUCGACGAUGCAAUCGAUUGGGUCCAAAAAACUGCCGAGACCAACGUAGCCAAAGAACCCGAGCUUAGAGAAUUGCAGUCUGACGUGGCGAACAAAGUGCAGACGGUUGCUGCACUGAAGGCCAGAUACGAUCAGCUGAUACAACGAUACAACAAUCUGUCCGAAGUGUUCACCCCGGAUCACAUAAAGGAAUGCCUGAGAAAGGGAGCGGACGAGAGUCACGAGGAAAGCGAGAGAAUCGCUGAGGAUUUCCUGAACAGGAAAAUAGACGUGGAACGUUUCCUGAGCACGUACAUAGAAUGCAGGAAGCUAGGUCAGGCGAGAAGGACUAAAGAGGAGAAGCUCGCGCAUCAGCUGAACGAAUUGAAACGGGCUGGUUAUUAAAGCAUAUACACACACCACAUACAGCUGUGUGUAACCACGAGUUUUUUUUUCUUUUUUUCUAUUGAAUCGAACAAUCUGUAAAUAACGCCUAGUUAAAUUAAACGACACUGUGAAUUCGAAUGGCAUUCGUGUUUACCAAAAAAAAAAAUAUUCUAUAUUAUGGCAGAAGGCACUCGCUGGCAGAGAACACUUUCGUAACGUAUCGCUACGUUACGUCACCGCUUGUUACAUGUAUUUGUGCUGCUCAUCGAAAUUAGUUCGAUUGUGUUCACGACAUUCCGAAUGAAUCGUUAGGCAGGAUUCGGUUGGAGAAACGAGAAGGAAGAGAGGGAGAAAAGAACUGUGUGCCGGUUCCGAAACCGAGAGAGAAACUACGCAUUGUAUGUAAAACGCUUGAGUUGAUUUUAAAUGUACUUAUCUUUCCGUACAGAAAGUGGUUGUUGAAUGGAAUCAAGUAUAUAUAUAUAUAUAUAUAUAUAGCUGUUUGUGCAGCGAUGUGUUACAAAACUGCACCGACAUCCACACUCCGAUGAAGCACGUUUUUUUACCGUGUAAAUAAAAAUGGUGCGCGAGAAAGAGAAACGAGCACGAAUUACAGAAUAUCGAUUUUCCAAAGUUUUGCUAUUCGGUGGUGUGUUAAACAUAAUUACUUAUCCUAAGGAUUGUUCCUACUACGUAACGUAUACUUGAAAUUGUAUAGAAGCGCGAAAUCUGAGGAAUGCGAAAAUGCUUUUGGUUUUUCUAUAAAAAAAAAUAAGAGACAAAAAAAGAAACAUAACUAUGGUGUACAUGUAAUCCUCUCACUAGUUGGAUCGUUUAUCCGUCAUUAAAAAAACACGGCUUGCGAUUCGUCGAAACGAAGUUACAAAUGUGAAGAUAAUUAUGUAGAGCAUCGUAAGUUGUAAAUAAUUUAAGAAUGGUUCAAACGAGUUUUUAAUAAAAAAAAAAGAAACAAGGAAAAUGUGAAUUCAAACGAUGUCGUUAACGAAUUAUUUCGCU